UUCAGUUUAGUUCUCAAUUCAUUGAACCAUGGCAUCGUUUAGUUAUCAACUCCAACACCGACCGAAAAUGGAAUCCGAAAAUAAGAGUUUCCAACUGUGGCGGGACUACAUGAAGCUAGCGGACGCAGUGCGGGAGAUGAAGUUAGGGAACUUCACAUCAGAACCGUCAACCGUUGACGGUCAUCACUCCAGUAUAUGCUCGACCAUGGUGGAAUUUGAACAGUUCCCGUCGCGAGCCUUGCUGUCACCGAUAGCACCGGUGGCGACACCACCUCUACGGCACGAAAAGGAAUCCCUGGAUUCCAAAAUUGUCCCCUUGCGUAAAGACGCUCCUUUACAUCCGAGCAGCAGCGAGGGGCCCACGACUCCUACUGCAGCGUCCAGACCCUCCGUGGGGACCCGGGUCCAGAGGGAGAGAAAGAGGGCGACCCGCUCCAAGAUGCCGGAGGGAGCGCCAUCACCUGAGCGCCAGUCCUGCAGCUUCUGCAAACACAACGGGGAGUCUGAGUCUGUGUUUGGGUCCCACAGUCUAAAGGACCAGGAUGGGGGCGUGGUGUGCCCGUACCUGCGACAGUAUGUCUGUCCUCUCUGCGGGGCCACCGGGGCUCAAGCCCACACCAAGCGCUUCUGUCCCCGGGUGGAAACCACCUACAACUCGGUCUAUGUCAAGUGA